AUGUUUUAUCAACAUGCGCCUUGGAAUCGUGUACCGCCUGAGAAUUACGGGAUCUCGGCAUUGAUGGCUCGCCUCCAAGGACUCCUCACAUCAAACGUCCGCCGCGAGUUCCCCUCGAGGCGGAUUCUUCUAGAUAUUGUGUCGGCUUUUCAGGAGAUUACACAGCACGCCCUUGCCACAAAUUAUGGCGUCAAUGAUGUGUUCGAUGAAGACAAGGAUUCGCGCCUGGCUACAUUAGUCUCUCUCAAGAAUGAUGUCUUUUCGAACAACCUCGCCCAUUGGGGUCACACCUACACUUUCCAGUCGAAGCCGGAGGAGACAGACGGCACUCUUGAUGACUGUGAAGAAAGGAGCAAUAAUCCAGCCGAUACUGAAAAGCAACAAGAUAUCUUCCAAAGCCGGGAAACCUGGGAUACAACUCAGAACACCUCAGUGGAGGACCUUGAAGAGAUUCUACAUGCUUCCGAACCCGUGGAGCCCUCCUUCAAACUGUGGGUUCUUCCGUGGAUUGAGGAGAUUUACUCCAAUUCUCGGGGCUUCGAGAUCGCGCUUGAAGUUGUCUCCAAAAGCACGCAGAUCGCUACAAAUAUCAUAUCCCUACUCAUGGACGACCUUGUUGAGAAGUACAAGCAGGCAAUCUCAACGGUUGAGUUUCUCUUGCGAAUUGAACGCGAAGGGACCCCGCUUACACUCAAUCACUACUUCAACGACAAUCUCGAAAAAUGUCGGCAAAAGCGAAUGUAUUCGACGGCUGCCAAAAAGUCCUUUGACGAUUACAAACACGGAGAGGUUGUCCGACUGAGUGACCUCGCUCACCAACACCAUAUGAGCAACGUCGACCAUACUGUGCGGGAUAUCCAUAAUAUUCUCGCCUCUUACUACAAGGUGACUUGCAAGAGGUUCCUGGAUAAUGUAUGUAUGCAAGCUGCGGACCAUUACCUGGUCACUGGCCCAGACGCCCCGAUGAAGUUGUUUUCCCCUUCAUGGGUUAAUGACCUUUCCAACGAGGGAUUGGAGGAGAUAGUCGGAGAGGGCAGGGCAUCAAAGCGGAGACGACAGCAGUUGCAGAAGGAGAUCGAAGACUUGGAGGCCGGAAGGGCAGUUCUUCUGAAAUGA